AUGUGUCAACGAAUUAAUGAGGAAAAUCAGUUAGAUGAAUAUAGGGUAGUUUUUAAGCAAUGGGAAGACCUAAAAGUAAUAGAAAAGGUUCCUGAAACUGAAAUUAAUAAUUUGAGUUAUUAUUUGCCCCAUAGACCUGUUAUAAAGCAUACUAGCCAGACAAUGAAGGUAAGGCCGGUGUUCGACUCUUCAGCCCGAGAGAGAAAUCAACUAUCCCUAAAUGAUUGUUUAAAUAGAGGGCCGAAUUUAAUUGAACUCAUACCUGAUAUAAUUGACAGGUUUAGAUUGUAUUCCGUUGGUUUAUCAUCGGACAAAGAAAAAGCAUUUCUUCAGCUGAGUAUUAUCCCAGAACACAGAGAUUAUUUGAGGUUUUUUCUUCCAACUCUUGAAGAACCUAUGAUUUACAGACACUGCAGAGUGGUGUUCGGCAUUUGUUCAUCUCCGUUCCAACUCUCUGCAUCGAUAGAGCAUCUCUUGGAUAUGCUUUCAGGAGGCUGGUGGGAGAGGUUAGUUCGUGUAGUAAAGGAACUGUUGAGAAGGAUACUCGGUAACGCGGUUCUUACAACCGAUGAGUUGUACACAGUAUUGUGCGACUGCGAGUCAAUAAUUAACUCUAGACCUCUUACCUAUCUGUCGGAAAAUCCGGAUGAUUUAAUUCCACUUUCCCCAGCCAUGUUUCUCAUCGAGAAUCGUAGCUUAGGUGUUCCUGAUGUUGAUUUCUGCGAUUCGAAAGGUCUUCGAAAAAGGGCUACACAUCGCCAAAAACUACUUAAUGAUUUAAGGCAUAGAUUUAGGAAAGAAUAUUUAGGCCUUCUGGUCCAAAAUAAGAAGAAUCCAUCGUCAGAGCUACGGUUGGGUGAAAUUGUCCUAAUAGGAGAUGACAUCAAAAAAAACGGAUGCAUUAGCCUUUAG